AGGAAUUCAGGGGAUGCAUGAACAUAACCACAGACAGGCUUAUGUCAAUUCCUGGAGAAGACUCCAAAUGGUCCACAGGAGGAUGCUGAGAUGCUGAUCUGGUAAUGAAAGAAGAAAUGUCCUCCCUCCCAGGGCUGCAGGCUUUCAGGAGACAGACCACUGACUGGCUCCCUGAAAACGGAUGUGCGUACAGGUCUUAUUGGUUGCCAUGGUGAGGGAUGCUGACUCUGAAGAAAUGUAUAAUACAAAGCUUGGAGGGGUGUAGAGGUGGCAAUGGGCUUUCUCAGUCAGCAGCAAAAGAGACAUCAGGGAGGACCCUAACUGUGAGGGAAAGAAGGAAAAGCAUCAUUAAUUCUGCUUUCUGUCUGCUCUAUCACCGAGAGCUGGGCUCUGGCUGAAUAGUUCUCCAGGGAAGAGAACUUGUAAGAGACGUGAUGAACAUUGAAGUUAACAAUGUUUCUUACACCAAAGCAACUAUCUCCUGGUCCACACUGGAGCCCUGUCUGGAGAACAAUUACCAUGUCAUGUACAGGCCCAACUGGAACAGCAUCUUCUCAGGCUACCUGCGCCACCCUUUUCACCAUGAAGAAAGAGUGCCCCGAACGCUCAGCUCCCUGGUCCUUCGCCAACUGGCUCCAUCCACUCUCUACUUCCUGUGCAUCACCUGCAAGAAUUCCUACCCCUCCAGCAACCACUGCACUAUGUUCCACACUCUGGAUAAAGGCACCAGAGCUUCUCCCAGCUCUCAGCUGGAUGCUGGAGUAUCUCUCUGGGUGGUCACUGCCCUUCUCCUUGCUUGCUUCAUGGCCAUCUUAGCUUUUUUCUGUCUGCAGUUCUGGUGUCUGAGAUGUCAUGAGCCACGGUGGGCAUACCACUCCAGCCAGCAGGAAGAAGUUGAUGAGUUGGUGAGGUGGGGUGAGGAUGCUCCGGGCCGAGGGCAGAGGGAGGAAGACCUGCAGGAGUUUCCCAUGACAGUGCUACUGACCAAGGGUUCUACCGCCAUCUCUGAGAGUACCCACAGUUCUCCCUCUGCCUGCCUCUCUCACAAGGGGACUAACGAUCAAGCUGCUGUAUUUCCUCAUUGUGGAUUAUGAGUGAUAGAUGAGUGGUUAAAGAGAUGGGCCAAUGGAGUGUAGCCAGUUUCUUGACAUGUGCUUAAGUAAUAUUGGUUGAUUAGAUUUUUUUUUCCCUUUGUCAAAAGAAAAAUUUCCUUUUUCUUUUCUCUUAUUCUAGGGGAGACAAAAUUUAAGGUUUGGA